GGCCGAGAGGUGCCAAAACAACGCACCAUUCUGAGGGCAGGACGCCAUUUUGUUUUUGUUGUUUUGGGGCGGGGCGGGGCUACAGACUCUGACGUCACAGACAGAAGCUGAAAAAAACAAAAGAAAAACGUUUGAAAUAAAAAAACAACAAAGUGAAUAAAGACAGGACUCUACUGUUUCUACUGUGAAAUAAAGUUUAAAGCAACGCUGCUGUUCAUCGACUGAACACAGCGCUCUGCUCCCACACAGGAAAUUAUAAGAAUUUAUCUUUAUCGAUUAAUUUGUUGAUUAUUUUUACAAUUAAUCGAUCAGUCGUUUCAUUCCGGAAGUUUUUUAAAGUCUUGUUCUGUCAAACCAACACUGAAAACCCAAACAGAUUCACACCAAAGUAUUUUUCAAAAUAAUUAUAAUAAGCAGAAGUACUAUGAAUGAGUUAAAAAGAAGUCUCCUUUAUUUUAUCAGUUUAUUAAAUAAUGACUGGGUCAGUAUCAGUUCGGGGGGGCACAGAAAAAUAACUUCCUGUGAUUUAAAGGAAUAAAAAGGAUAAUAAUAAUAACAAUAAUAACAAUAGUAAUCCAUCCUUCAGCCUCAGGGGUUUAAAAGGUUUUUCUUGUUUCCUGGUGGAGAUGUGUGGUUUUCAGUGGACAGUGAUCCUUCCUGUGUCUGACUGAUCCCAGAGCAGCUCUGUUCUGGAUAAUGCUCUAAUCUGUUAAUCUGCCCCCCCACCCCCGUCCUGUCCCGGCUCAGCUCAGCUCGUCUCUCUUCAGUCUGUUCAGACCUGCAGGGAUGAGAGCUGCAGCUCCGGGAGGUUUUCUGGUGCUCCCGUGGCCUGGGGGCAGCGGGGGGUCGGACCCGGAGACGGAGCCGGGGGAGGAGGGCCGGGGGGGUCUGCUGCUGAGAUGUGGAGCUGUACUGGGACUCGCUGUGAUCUGUAUGGCGGUGUUGAGGAGGUGGAUUGCAGGUGGAGUGUGUCGUUGUUCGGUUCGUCUGGAUGGGAAGACGGUUCUGAUCACCGGAGCAAACACCGGCAUCGGCAAAGAGACGAGUCGAGACCUGGCACGCAGAGGGGCCCGGGUGGUGAUGGCGUGCAGGGACCUGACCCGGGCGGAGCGGGCGGCGGAGGAGAUCCGGCGGACGACAGGAAACGGUAACGUGGUGAUCAGACACCUGGACCUCGCCUCCAUGUACUCUGUCCAACAGUUCGCUAAAGACUUCCUGGACAGUGAAGACAGACUGGACAUCCUGAUCAACAAUGCAGGAGUGAUGAUGUGUCCAAAAUGGCUGACAGAAGACGGUUUUGAGACUCAGCUGGCCGUCAAUCACCUGGGUCACUUCCUGCUGACCAAUCUGCUGCUGCCGAAGUUGAAGAGCUCCGCCCCCAGCCGAGUGGUCAACGUAUCCUCCAUUGCGCACCGCGGGGGUCGUAUCGACUUUGAUGACCUGUUCUUCAGCAGGCGUCCAUACAGUUCUCUGGAGAGUUACCGACAGAGCAAACUGGCCAACAUCCUGUUCACCAGAGAACUUGCCCGACGACUCGCAGGUUCUGGAGUGACCACGUUCUGUCUCCACCCGGGUGUGAUCUGGACCGAACUGGGUCGUCACGUUCAGGGCUGGCUCCCCCUGCUGGGGGCGCUGCUGAGCCUCCCCUCCCUGCUGCUCAUGAAGACUCCCACUCAGGGCUGUCAGACCACUGUUUACUGCGCUGUGACACCUGGUCUGGAGGGACAAUCCGGGCGAUACUUCAGUGACUGUGCAGAGAAGGAAACAGCUCCAGAGGGACAGGACGACGCGGUGGCGAGGAAGCUGUGGGAGGAGAGCGCCCGAUUGGUCGGAUUAAAGGACAUGUGCUGACCUCUGACCUCUGACUCUGAUGUCUGUAUACA